CAGUCAAUUGACUCGAGACGUUGGUCCACGCCGUAAGUCCACGCUGUUCAGGGGCUCUCCAAAAAUCACACAUGUAUCACAUUUCUCACACCGACUCAUGUUGCAACUCAGGUUGCAAAAAUUUCUUCCUCUAAUAUUUUAAUCUUCUCUGAGUGAGUGAGUGAGUGACUAAGUCGACGCAUUAUUUCGGCUGGAUUUAUGUACUUUUAUUUCGAGAUACACUCGUGCUGCUUGUGGUGAUUCUUAGUGUUACGUAAUUAAUGAGACGGUCGGUAGCGGUUGGUGAGGGUGCAUAUUCGUUUCUUAGGGUGUUUUAUUAUUAUGGUGUUUUUUUCUUUCCCCUCCAUCAUUAAGUGCAAGCUUGCGUCUCAAAUUCAUCUUCGUAGUCUAUUCGUGCAAUUGGAAACUGGAGAUUAUUGCUAAUAAUAAGUAACGUGCAAAAAUAAAAAGUAAGUUUAAUUUUGGUUCACCACAUCAGCAAAGGUUGCAGACAUACGUUCAUAACUGACUCCAGGGGCAGCCGUGUAAUAACUUUAUAUGACUAAAAAUACUUAACUCAGUGAUCGGACGAGGGGCAAGGAAGUGGAGCAGCAAAUAAUAUUAUUAAGUGCCUACUUGUAUUAUUGGUUUAGCAAUAAUAGUACGUACGCAUUGCCUCUUUAUAUAGAGAAUUAACCUUCAGAGAUUGGAGAUUUGAGAGUAAAUUAAGGAGGUGGAAAAGUGAGACGAAAGGGAAUCAAAGAUUGAAUCAUUUAUGGCUCACCGUUGUUGAACGAGGUUAUUGCUAGUUACAUACAUACGCUCGUUCGUAUGUACAUAUGAAUCGUGGUUGUAAAUACGUCGCCGUCGUUUACUGAACAUUUUUCGCCGGUGUGAGGAAUGAACAAGUGUGUUUCGUGCUCGUGUGUGGGUGAGGAAGAAGAAGUAUUUGCGACGGACGAGUCGCUAAAAUUCCAGCGUUUCCAAUAAACACGUCUAAAACGGGUGGAUUCCUCGGUUGAAACAAUGACUGCAUAAUAGCCACAGAUUAUGUAUACAUAGGUGAACAGGGUGUAUUAAUUUGGAGUGGGACGAUAGUCAGUAAAAAGAAGUAAUAGCUGCAUGAUAAUAAUAUUCGGAGGAGGAGGAGGAAGAUGUGGUGGGAUUAUUGCUUGCCAAGUGCUUCAGUCUGAAAUCAUCAGUCACACGAGACGAGAAUACGAACCAACGACGACAGAGAGAAGAAGAGAAGGCUUCCAAAGGCUGUGAGACUUAUAAGGAAUCCACUGCACCUAACUAAUAACCAAGCCUUGAGUCAAAAUCUCAACUCAAUAUUCAAUCCGUGUCAAAGGAGAGUGAGUGAGAGAGAGAGAGAGCAUGCAAGGUCAACAAUGGUCCUAACUCCGCAUAGUGUUGGUGAUGUGACACAAAACGAUGGCCUCGACUACAUUGUUGAGAACGGCGACUACACUGAAAAGCUUGCCUUAGCUUUGGAGUCAAAGAACUGUUCCGUAAAGAAGCAGGUUUUUGAACUUCUGUCUGCUCUCUGCGUGUACAGUGCGGAUGGGUACAACAGAACCUUGGAAGCACUUGAAUGUUUUAAGAAACAGAAAAAUGAACGAUAUCGCUUUAAAUUCAUUGUCAAUGAGCUGCAACAUGGACCCACAGUCGACUACCAGACCGCCGUGAUUGCUUUUGUCAAUUGCCUAAUUUUGGCUACUUCCGACCUUCAAGAAAGAAUUCGAAUUCGAUCAGAAUUCUUGGGUCUAAAACUUGCUCAAAUAUUGAAUGACUUGAGGUAUAAAAAGAAAGAUUGCUCAGACUUAGCCGUUCAGAUUGAUGUUUUUGACGAACAAAGAGAAAGUGACGAGUCCCAGUUAUCCCCAACUUUACUCAACAACAUUGAUUUGUCAAGUCCAUUAGAAGUCUUUGAUGCAAUCCUGCGUCAAAUUGCGGACACUCCCCUGGAAAUCCCCUUUCUCUCUAUUUUACAACAUUUACUCAGAAUUGACCACAAAGAGCCAAUUUCCGACUUGAUAUGGGACGCGGCAGAGCGACUCGUACAUCGAGCCACCUUGUUGGAGACAAAGAGCGACGCAUUACGACUCAUCAGCCCCAGCCAUCAGUCCAAACUUUCACUGAACAAACCAAAAGGCGGAGAACGAUGCUCAUGCACAUGUCAUAAAGAUCGCAGGACAUCAUCGGCCACAUUUGGAGACUUUGCUGCAGCUGCGGCAUCUCUUUUAAACACCGACAAUAGCAAUGUGACCUCUCCGCCCCCACCACCACCGCCGCCACCGCCAAUGAUGGUAUCCGGUGGUGGCCCUGUCAUGGGAGGAGGACCUCCACCACCACCUGCACCUCCUCCCCCAUUCCCACCACCCCCACUAAUGCCCCCUAGUAGCAAGUCCCCCUCCUUCAAUUCGUCCCCAGCCAACAACGCCAAAGGGAAUGAGCAACGGCUACCUCAACAAUCAAUCCCAGCCCCGAAAGCCAAGAUGAGAACCGUCAACUGGAACAAGAUUCCCACCGGACAAAUAUUUAACAGCGACAAGGACAAUUUAUGGAUAAAUUUUGCAAAAAAUUAUAAAACCUCGGCAUCAACUUUAGAUUGGGAAGCGCUCGAAGGACUGUUUUGCAUUCAAACGGAGAAAGCGUCAGGAAGCAGUCCAAAUUUGGAUGCGUCGAAAAAUAACUCAAUGGAUAGACCCCAAUCAAAACGAGAGUCGAAUCAGAUUUUACUUCUCGAUGCCAAACGGAGUUUAAAUAUUAACAUAUUUCUAAAGCAAUUCAGAACCACGAAUAAGGACAUCAUUAAACACAUAAUGGAGGCCAAUUCAGAAGAAAUAGGAUCAGAGAGGUUACGAGGCUUGUUGAAAAUUUUGCCGUCUAAGGAUGAAAUUGAGAUGUUAAAGGCCGUGCCCCAAGCAGACAAGAGUCGUGUUGGGAGUGCGGAAAAGUUUUUAUUGGAACUCAUUGGGCUUAAGGCGUACAGAUUAAGGAUUGAGGCAAUGUUGCUGCGAGAAGAUUUGGAUUCUUGCUUCCACAGUUUGGAUUCCUCCAUCGACGUGAUUCUUCAAGCAAGUCAAGAAAUAAAAAAUGCAAAGCACUUCCAAGACGUAAUUUUCAUGAUAUUGGUGGCUGGAAACUUCUUAAACUCGGGUGGCUAUGCUGGAGAUGCGAUUGGAGUGAAACUUUCAUCUUUACAAAAAAUUGCAGACAUUCGAGGAAACCAACCUGGCAUCAGUCUGCUCAACUUUAUUUCAAUGCAAGCAGAGACCAAAAAUCCAGACUUGCUAACAUUCGCCAAACACAUGGUGUCUUUGGAAGAGGCGUCAAAAUGCAGUAUCGAUCAAAUUAAAGGAGAGUUGUUAAGCCUCAAGAAAAAAGUUGAAUUGAUUUGCGAACAACUUGUAAAGCCUGAGACGCCGCAAGAACUUUGCCAACAAUUGGGCGAUGGAUUUCAAGAAGCCCGACUACAAAUCGAAGACUUGGAGGAUCACUUGCUGGAAGUGGAGCUUUCACGAGUAGAUCUUGCCCAAUUCUUUUGCGAAGAUUUGCAAACCUUCAAGCUAGAAGACUGCUUUAAGAUAUUGCACUCUUUUAUCGUUCGAUGGAACCAAGCCGCUGUGGAAAACAAGCGUCGCAAACAAUUGGAGGAAGAGGCCCGACAGAGGAAGAAAAUAAGAGAAGAACAAUUCCAGAAACGUCUCCAGUUGGGCUGGGAAACUCCGCAAUCCGUGGAAAAUUUUAAUAAUACAAACAAGACUAUGGUCCUUAACCCUGAGGACGACAUAUUUAUUGCUUGCUCCCCACGCGUGGUUCGUCGUCGGCUGGGAUCCAACACAGACUCGGCUGGUAAUCAUAGUGGGGGUAACACUCCAGACUCACUCACAGUUCCCUCUCCAGAACACGUCAAAUCGUCUAAUUUAACCGUGGGAAUGCAUGACGUUACUCCGAACGGCUCUUUGAGAAGACGUCGUAGCCGGGUUCCAUCCGACGAGGAUGAAACUGGGCUCAUGGACUUUUUACGAGCCUCUGGGCAAGAUGGGUCUCGAGAGAGGAAGGGUCCAGAUCAGUACGGCUCCUUGGAUAGAUCUUGGUCACGCAAGACGAGGCGCCGACCUAACUUGAUGGACUUUGUAAAUGAUGACAGAGAACGGCCAGUGUCUCCUGCAACUGGUUUUGCAGAUGCGAUGAAUGCACAGUCUCAUAAUACUGACGCGUCGAAAUCAGAGUUUAAGACGGAGAGUCCGGCAAGAGAAUGGCGAGAACGAAUUGCAGCCUGGUUUGUAGACUUGGAGAACGGUGGAAGUGCAGAAAUCCCACAAAGACGUCCUCCACCGCGACGUUUACAACAGCGUCGUCUUAAUUUGGACUCUGUUGAUCCCGCCUCUCGAGGUCUGGCCACACUCCCGGAGGGCGAGAUGGGUCAGGAGGACAAUUCUGUCCCGCCGUUGCAUGUCUACCAACGAGUAUAUCCCGACCGCAGACCUUCAGUCAAACUUAAUACGGACGUGGUUGGAGCAAUGGAAGCGAUUGAAGAAGUUCAAAGCCCAACCAAGGAACGACCCACACACAAAAAGCUGUUUGAGAGAACACUCAGCCAAGACAGCACAGCGGAGAAAGGAGAACGAAGAAUAGGCAGUAGUGAAAGAGAAUCCGGGGGUCGUCGAUCACUAAUUGAAUCGCUUGGUGCCAAAAAUCACAACGACAAGUUAGUGUUAUAUAUCCCUGAGAAAUCUCUGCCUGGUCCAAAGUCAGGAGGAGACUACUCUUCCAAAUUAAAACGAUCCCCAUCCGUUCCUGGAGAAAGUAGUUUAUCAUCAUCAUCCAGACUAAGCAAUGGAAAUAAUCCCACCGUAUCCGGCAGCGGUGGUGGUGAUGGAUUUGACAGGAAUUCAUCCUUCCGAAAAUCUCGUCGAUACAAGAAAGAAUCUGAAACUCCAACCACCACCUUGAUGCGAUCUGCAUCCCUGUACUCGAAUGUGCGGCCUAAAACAGCAGUCACCCGUUCUACGGAAGAUUACAUGAAGCCCAGAACAACUUCUUCAUCUGCUAUAAAUGAUGAAUUGAAAGUGUCCAUUCGCCCAGCAAGAAACACUCCAAAAUCGCCACAACCACCUCCACCACCUUCUGCUUCUGAAGACCUCCGAUCAACCCGCGUCCACUCUCCCUCCAUCAUCAACAGCACGAAUGGCACCAGUAUUGUUCAGAUAAAGGGCCCCACAACACCUCGAGACUCAUCAUCCAGUCAAGGAGGGCGACCAACCUCUCAAAAUUACACCAUUCCUGGGAACAAGUCCUACCUCAGCAGCUCGCCAGGCACCGCAGAACGUGACGAAGGCUUUGAAGAGUCUCACAGCUCUCUCUCCGAGACCAAUAGUCAAUCCGAGUCUCACAAUAUUCCCUUCUCUGCCAAAGUGAUAGAGCGGAAACCAUUGCAAAGACUGGGAGGAAGCUUCAGAGUGAAUAAAUCUCGACCAAUUCCCAAUCACACGGAGAUGAGCAGCAGCACGAGUCUCAACCAUGCCAACAAUAAUAACAAUCUGUCAAACAGGAAUAAUAGCUCUUCUGCAGCAAGUUUGCAAUCUUCUCGAAGCUCUCUGUCCAGCCAGGCAACGGUGAAAGAAAAUCCGGAUGCGAGCAGAGCUGGAGCCCUGCGUAUUAACAACGCCACGACGACGGCAUCACCCACCAACAGGCUUGGAGGAGACUCCUUCACCACUCGGAGAUCACAUUCACCUGCCACAUCAAUGUCGCUCUCGAAUAAUUCCAUCUCCAAGUUUCCAUCCACCACCACAGAUUCUUCCAAGCUUGCUCAGAAGAACAUGAAAAACAACCACGGGCUCUCCAUCACUUCGCAUAAUAACAUUAAUAAUAACAAUAAUAAUUCUGGCACACCGAUGAUGACGACAGAAACCAAGAAAUCAAGCUCCAAAGGACUUGCCCCACGAAUUCUUAGUUUCAUGCGACCAACCGCCUCAAGCACUGCUCAAGCUAAAGAUAAGGCUGACUUGCUAGCAAAAAACAAAAGCAUGCGAAAAUCUUUCAGAUGAGGUAUUUCUCUCUUCUAGAAAAAAAUCAGUAAUAAUUUUACAUAUUUUGUGCCAAAACAUUAGCUUACAAACAAACAUAACAAAUCGUCAACACUACUAGAUGCACAUGUCUGUACGUAAGGUGCUACUACACUUUGCAUUUUUGGGUAAAGUUUUUUAAUAUAUUAACGAUCUUUUAAUGAUAUUGUUCCACUUGAUGUUUAGUAUUAUAUAUACUUUGACAAUUUUAAGAGCUUCUCCAAAAUAUUUUACAUAUAUUACAUACGCAAAUUACGACAUUUUACGUCUGACUUCUUGCUGCUAAUUAUUACUGCUCGUCAUAAAUACUUACAUACUUCACCCGUACGUAUGACGCCGUUAUUUUUUGAGCACGUACGAGAAAAGUUGGACAACCGCUAAUGCUGCCAUAAAUACAGCACACGCGACAGAGUAGGCACAUCAACAAUAAAUAGGCAAUAUAUCCACGCAUGCAGCCUCCAUUCAGCUUUGAACAUUUUUAAUGACCCCUUUCCACAAUGGCUGUUGUGACGAAAAAGUUCACAAUGAUUGACUUUGUUGUUUCCUUCGUCGGCUGAUUUACCAGAUUGAAUUGGAUUUAGGACUGAUUUGUAGUCAUUGUUUAAAAUUGAUGGAUUUGACCUUGCCGAGUUCAGAAUUGCGAGCAAUUUUAAAUCUGUGUAAAAAGAGCACUUGCUAUUGUUCCUCUCCCCCAAGAAAUUUUAAUCCAUUCAUGUUUUCCUCUUAAAAAUAUUAAUAUUCUAUUUUUAUCUUUAUGAGGAAGGACGAUGUACGACGAUUGUAAUUUUUUUUCUUCUGCAUAUUCAAUGACUAUGGAUGCAUACCAUGUAGAAUUGUUCGACGUAAGAGGCACAAACCAACCACUUGCUACACUAUACAAUUUUAGCAGCAAUUAACUAUGUCAAAUGUGGGUUUGUUCGUAAAUAUUUUUUCACGUCCGUGAGCACAAUACAAUUUGUAUACGCGAGAGAAGAGUCGUUUCAAAUACAUACAUAUUUAACCGAUAAUCAUAAUAAUAAUAAUCAUAAUAACGUACGUACUGUAAGUCACCUUGUGGACGAAUCGCCACAUAUUUUUGACUGGUGUAAGUAUUUACAAAAAAAUAACUAAUUAUUCGUCGUCGAGCAAAUAAGAGACUUGUUCUAUCCUUUUUCUAUUCACUGAACUUUUAUUAUUUUCGUGGUUAUUAGAAUUUAUAUGUAUGCACGGUAAAUAAAUUGUCCACGACAGGCAAUUAAAUAUGUACAUACAUACAGACACCUUCGUCACAUAAGGAUUUGCAUUACGGACAAGCAUGCAAUUAAAUUUUUGUAAUAGAAAUGAUAAUAAUUUUUUUAAUGUACAAUUGUUUCCCGAUUCGUUCGUUAAUCGACAUCUCUUGUUGUAACCCAGUUGAAUAAUAUGCAAACAACUUGACUGAUUUGAUUGAGGAUAUCUUUAUUUUUUUAACACGUAUUCACCUCAGCAUGAUUAAUUCCUUUCCUGCCUGCCUGCCUACCAAGUACUUACCACUAGAUUAUUAACCAGCAAUAUACAUAAGAAGUCUCUCAAACAACAAUCUCCCACGUGUGCAUGGCCAUUUAAAUAGUAAUUUUAUUUAAGUUGCGACAUUCUUAUGGGAGAGAUAAAUAUGCAUGCAAAUGAUAUAAAUGAUACAACAAGAUGCGAUGAGCCAUAGUUUAGUUGAGGGGAUCACAAAAUUCCAUAAAAAUGAGACUGAAGACAAAAGUAAAACCAAUUUGCACGUGUUGUUUGAUGGAUUUUCGUGCAGUAACUUUCCGGCUUCCUUUACGUAUUACUCACUCACACAGCAUCGCAUCAUCAGACAGACUCAACCCCAAUAAAACUAACUUAAUCACACCAUCGCCACAAGUGUAACACCUGCACCCACGUUGUUGUAAGAUAACCCCAUCCGUGUACGUAGUAAUUACAACGGAGAUAGUGAUUGAUUCGUUGGGUACUUGUGAUCCCUUUAUGAUAACCCCGAACGUAAUAUCUGUCGCUUUUAUCUUAUCAGCAUAUCACCCCAUCCAUACGUCGCUAUCACCAGUUUCACAUAUGUAUGUUACUGUUAUUGCGAAAUAUCUAUUUAUAUUUGGAGAGAGAGAGAUCAUUGUUUCAAUGUAAUUCAGUACGAUUGUUUUGCUACGUAGCCGAUUUUUUUUUGUAAUAUUUUAAACCAAUACGAGAGAUGAGAUGAUUCUGGUCAGGCGAGAGGGAUUGUUGUGUAUGUCUGAAAACCACGGCGUGGCAAACAUAACAAUAAUAUUUGUCUUGUCGUGGGCUGGCAUGAUGGACAGGAUUUUGGAGAAAGAAAGAAAGCAGUGAGUGAUGAUGAGCUGAAUAAAAGAAAGUUUUUGGACUUAGAUCGAUGCGAGUACGAUUUGGGGAUAAAAAUAAAAACAUAGUUUCAACCAACAAAA